UUCUCGCGCACAUUCACAAAAUCACAAAAACAGCAGGAGGUGAUACAGCUAGAGAAAGCUACUCCGGUAAUGAUGCUUACAGGAGACAUACCACCGAAUCAAACUAUUUACAUUAAGAACUUAAAUGAGAAAGUCAAGAAAGAAGAGCUAAAGAGGUCUCUUUAUUGCUUGUUCUCUCAGUAUGGGAGGAUUGUGGAUAUAGUGGCGCUGAAGACUCCCAAACUUAGAGGACAAGCAUGGGUUGUGUUCAGUGAGGUAACUGCUGCCAGUAAUGCUGUGAGGCAAAUGCAAAACUUCCCGUUUUACGACAAACCUAUGCGGUUACAAUAUGCUAAAACAAAGUCAGAUUGUAUUGCUAAGGCAGAGGGGACCUAUGACAAGAAAAAGAAACAAGAGGAAAAAGUGGAAAAAAGGAAACGUACUGAAGAGACUCCGCAAACUGGUGCAGCUAAUGGCCCAAGAGCUGACAGUAAUGGAGGCCCAGCUGCUGCUUCUCGCCAAGGAAGGCCAAGUGCACAAGAAACAGUUGCAGAACCAAAUAAUAUUCUCUUUAUACAGAAUCUGCCCCACGAGACAACAAGUAUGAUGCUUGAAGUGCUCUUCAAACAGUAUCCAGGUUUUAGGGAAGUUCGAAUGAUUGAAGCGAAGCCAGGUAUUGCAUUCGUGGAAUUUGACGAUGAUGUCCAGUCUUCGGUCGCCAUGCAGGCCCUUCAAGGCUUCAAAAUUACCCCCCAAAAUCCCAUGGCUAUCACCUAUGCCAAGAAAUGAGCAAUCUUAAUUCCAGGCCACGCUAUAUGUCUUGGUGAGAAAAUGCAGCAACUCAAGAUCUUUAGUUUUCUAGUGGGAUUAUCUGUUCACGCCAUAGGUCAUGGGGAAGAUGUAGAAGGCAUGUAUUAUACGCUUGAGCAAGCUUCUUUUAAACGUGGAAGUUUUAUGGGUGUUUGCAGCCCAGUAAAGAUGCCUUGCUAUUCAUAUUUUUUAAACAAUUUGAUUUUGUGUACUAGUGCUGCUGAAUCCUAAGAAGAGGUGUUUGAUAAUUGAUUGGAUCUGCUCGGAUGAGGUUCUUCGAAAUUGAACCAACUAUAGGUUGGGUUUAACUGUACUCGUAGUGUAAACUUUUUUUUUAUACCAUCA